GCGGCGCCAGGGCGGCGGCGGGAGCUCCGUUGGUUUCGGUUUCUGUCCGUGGCGGGGGCUCCCGGGGGGGCUCCCGGGGGGGCUCCCGGGGCGCUGCGGACCGGGCAGGCGGCGGCGGGGGGUGGGGCGGCGGCGGGGGCGCGGGCGGCACGGCUCGGCCCCACUCGGUUCGCCUCGGCCCGGCCCCGCUGCCCGCCCGGUCGCGCUGCCCUCCCGGUGCCGGCAGCGCGGCCGGCGGGGCCCCCCCUCGCUGGGGCUCCGGCAAGAAGCGCCGCCCCGAGUUUCGUUUCCCGGCCGGGAGCGGCACCGGGAGCGGCACCGGCACCGGGAGCGGGAUGGAGCUGCGGGAGUACCAGCGGGAGGCGGUGGCCCCGGCCCUGCGCGGCCGCAACAGCAUCAUCUGGCUGCCCACGGGCGCUGGCAAGACCCGCGCCGCCGUCCACGUCUGCCAGCAGCACCUGCAGGGCCGGCGGGGCGGCAGGGUGGCUGUGCUCGUCAACAAGGUGCACCUGGUGGAACAGCAUGCCAACAAGGAGUUCCACGUGCUGCAGAAGGACUUCAGGGUGACGGCCAUCAGCGGGGACAGCAGGCAGAAGUACUUCUUCGCUUGGGUGGUGAAGCAGAGCGACGUCGUCAUCUGCACGGCCCAGAUCCUGCAGAAUGCACUGGUCAGCGGGGAGGAGGACAUGCACGUGGAGCUGACGGAUUUCUCACUGCUGGUGAUAGACGAGUGCCACCACACGCACAAGGAAGCCGUCUACAACAAAAUCAUGCUGAAUUACCUCCAGCGCAAGCUCAGCGGGCAGCAGGACCUGCCGCAGGUCCUGGGCCUGACAGCGUCCCCUGGCACUGGGGGGGCAACAUCCUUCGAGGGGGCUGUAGAGCACAUCCUGCAGAUCUGUGCCCACCUGGACACUGAGAAAAUCACGUCGGUGCAGAAGGAGCUGCAGCACCUGCAGAGCUACGUCCCCCAGCCCAGGAAGCAGUACGACCUCUGCCAGGAGAGAGCGCAGGACCCCUUUGGUGACCAGCUGAAGAAGGUGAUGGAGCAGAUCCAGCAGUACAUGGAGAUGCCCGGCCUGCUGCAGGACUUUGGCACUCAGAUUUACGAGCAGCGUAUCAUGGAGCUGGAGAAGAGAGCGGCAGAGACGUUUUGUCGCAAGACACGGGUGUGUGCGCUGCACCUGCGCAAGUACAACGACGCUUUGCUGAUCAACGACACGGUGCGGAUGAUCGACGCCUUCCAGUGCCUCCAGCAGUUCUACGCUGACAAGCGGGACAUGAAGGAUCCCACCGAGCAGUUCCUCACCGCUACUUUUGAGGAGAACAGGAUGAGCCUGCAGGUGCUUGCCAGGGACCAGCGCUAUGAGAACCCCAGGCUGGGCAAGCUGGAGGAGAUCCUGCGGGAGUACUUCCAGCCCCUGGGCUCUUCUCGCGGCAUCGUCUUCACCAAGACCCGGCAGAGCGCGCACAGCCUGCUCAGCUGGCUGCAGGACACAGCCGCGCUCUGCGGAAAGCACAUCAGGGCCGCCGUCCUCACUGGCACCGGCUACAGCAACCAGGCCAGGCACAUGACGCAGACCGAGCAACAGGAUGUAAUCAAGCUGUUCCGUGACGGAGCCCUCAACCUGCUCUUCUCCACUAGCGUGGCUGAGGAGGGCCUGGAUAUCCCCGAGUGCAACAUCGUGGUCCGCUACGGGCUGAUGACCAACGAGAUCGCCAUGAUGCAGGCCCGGGGUCGAGCCCGUGCCGAGAACAGCGUCUACUCUGUCCUUGCCAAAGCCAACAGUAGAGAGGUCUCCCGUGAGAUGCUCAAUGAGGACCUCAUAGUGCUCAUGGAGAGGGCGAUCAGAGUGGUGCAAGCCAUGCCCGAGGAGGAGUACCGCCUCAAGGUCAGGGAGCUGCAGCAAGUUGCCGUUGCCAGCUGGCUAAUGAAGGAGGCCAGGAUCAGCGAGAGGCGGCAGCUGCACGACCCGGGUGCUGUUUACCUCUACUGCGUCAACUGCAACGUGGCAGUGUGCUGCGGCAGCGACAUCCGCACCGUGGAGGGCAUGCACCAUGUUAACAUCAACCCCAGCUUUGGGUUGUAUUACAAAGUUUCCUCUGGGAAAAUACAGUGCCAGCGGACUUUCAAGGACUGGGAGCCCGGUUGCCCCAUCUCGUGCAAAGAGUGCAGCCAGGAUUGGGGAAUGGAAAUGAUCUACCGGCAGGUGAAGCUGCCCAUCCUCUGCAUCAAAAGCUUCGUGGUGGAGACACCAGCUGAGAAGAGGAGAUAUAAGAAGUGGAGUACUGUGACAUUCCCCGUCAAGGAGUUUGACUACCUGGAGUACUGCUCCACCGUCCAUGGCCAGUCCUUCUAGAGCAGGCUCUGCUCAGAAGAGGACUAUUCCCAGGCCACAUCCUGGGACAGUGGGACUCUUCCCAUCGCCCUUGGCAUGGGACCCUCCCUCCAGGCCCCUGCAGAGAGAGAGCCAUGGCUCUCUCUGCUGCACAUCCCUUGCUAGAGCCCAUGACUGCAGGAGGAGGCUUUGCUGUGCCCAUGCAGAAAGGACAAGACACGGGGAUGGGAAAGCACCCAAACCCUUCCCUGCCAUGCUGCUGCCUUCUACUCCAGCUCCCCAGCACUGCUGGGCACAGGGGGCUUUCUCUGUGGCUGGUAUGCCGCCCUGCCAGGAGAACCAGCCAUUUCACAUGGGCCCAGGACAUGGCCCAGCGUUUCUCUGGCAGCUUCUGGUCUGCUUUGUGAUGGUAUCCCAUUAAAAACAUGCAUGUGCACUGUGA